CAUCCGUCAUAACACCACCUCUGCCACCACCGCCAACAACAAAAUCUACACCAACACAUGCGCACAUACCUACACUCACCACCGCCGCCAACCAGCAGCAGCAGGAGUAGUACGAGUAGUAGUGGUAGGAGUACUAGGAAUCAGAACGAGGGGGGGAGGUAACAGCAGCAGCAGCAGCAGCAGCGGCUACAGUAAUCAGCAGCAGCGGUAACUUCUCAGUAGUAGAAGCAACAGCAGAGUAAGGAGAAGUGAAUGAAAACUUUGGUGUAGAGAAUAGCGUGUAGAUAAAGAGAAGAGAGAAAAGAUAAAAGAGAGGGGAAAAAAAGAGAGAAGGAAAGAAGGAGAGAAACGAAAAUCAGUUGUUUUUAAGAUGGAAGAUAGCAGCGAGGUUACGAGUUUGUUGCCGCCGGACGAUAUCGCCAACAAUGCCCUGAGCAUGAAUAUGAAUAAUAAUAAUAAUGACUUCAAUAAUGUUACGGAGGUGAUGGAAGGCGAUGAGGACGACAUCGACGACGCUUCGGUGUGUCUGCUGCAGAAGCAACAACAGCAACAGGACGGCGUGGAUUCGAAACCGGUGAUGGCCGCGGAGAAGGAGAAGAAGAAGAAGAGGAAGAAGAAGAACAAGAACAAGAACAGCAUUAAGAAGGAGGCGGAGGAAGAAGGCGAGGGAGUCGGGAAAGGAGGAGAAGGAGCAGGUGUGAUGGAAGAAGAAAAGGCUCUGGUGAUGGAGAGUGCGGCGGCGGUGGUGGAGACCGUGGCCCCGGCGGUGGAGCAGGAGUUGGUGACCCCGUCGUCGCCGAUGUCGACGGAGGACCGGGAGAAAGUGGAUGAAGCAGGAAGAGACAAAGAGGUGGAGGUGGAAGUGAACCACGUCGAACCCCAACUUCCGGCCCCACCGUCGCCAACACCACCUGACCUCCAGCAACAAGAACAACAACAUGAUUAUCAUAACAACAAUGAUAACAAUGUUGGUUAUGGUGGUGGCGGUGGCGGUGAUCACGGUGCUUUCGAUGCUAAUGAUGUUGAUGCUGGUGAUGAUGAUCAUCAUCGUCUUAACAAUAAGCUUGACGAUUUCGCGCCUAACGAUGUACAAGCUUAUCAACACCAUGGAGGCGCUGGUGAUGACGGGGUUAAUGACUUCAAAACAACAAGUUCUACAACAUCAGAGAUAACAGUGGAAGAGAAAGAAGAAAUAAUAGAAGUGGUAAAACGACCGAUAGAAGAAGAACAGCAACAACAAGAACCGUCGCCGGCAGAAAUGGUGAAGAAGACGGAGACGGCAUCGGCGGUGGUGGACGCGGCGAUGGAAGAGGCCAUGGUGGAGGCGGCUGCGGCGGCGGCGACCGUGUGUUCGUCAUCGACGGGUGUUUUGGAAUCGGGUGGAGGACUCAUGGGGGUCGAAGUUCAAGGCGAAGUGAACAACAGCGGCGGAGGCGAUGUCGAUAAGGUAGGAGUUGGUGUUGGCGGUGUCGACGAGACGACAAGCGGUGGACUCGGAGUCGAAUUCGAACCGACGACAAUGGUGAAACAGCGAGAAGCAGAAGUUGGAGUGAGGCAGGCGGCCGUCAAAGAGGCGGAAGAAGUCGUGAAAGAAAGAAUAGAAGUGGAGACGAAGAUGGCAAAAGAAGAAGAAGGAGGAGAUGGGAAAAAAGAAACAGAAAAAGCGGAAAAUGUACGUAAUGUGGUUUGCGUGGAAGAGGCCGGCGACGAUUGGAUUGGAACCCCGCACCGACAGACACCCGGUCGCAAGUCGGUGCGCAUCGACGAGACGGUGAAUGUCAUCACAGAGGACUCACCAAGCGUUUUGGAGGAAAUUACUACUACCACUACAACUACUACCAAUACCGCAAGCGAUGAUAUUACUACUACUACUCUUAUUGGUGUUGUGACUGCUAGUAGUAGUACAACCACCACCACCACCACCACUACUGCUACUAAUGAUGAUGAUGAUGAUGCUUCCAAGGCGACCACAACAGAAACGACCAGUGCUACAAUUACUACCACUACUCUUGCUAAUGGCAACGUUAGUGUUAGUAGUAGUGGAAGUGGUCAGGAAAAGAGCAAAAACAGCAGCAUCAUCAUCAACACAAGCAACAUCAGCAGCAUGUUGAAUAGCAGUGGUGGUGGUCAAGGUAGGAGUGGCAGCCCACUCAGAAAGGAGAGAAGCCAGUCAAUAAGUCCACCACCAGCAUUAAAAACAACACCAACAGCCACACCCCUAAAACCCGUGUUGCACCACCACCACCACCAACAACAACAACAACAACAACAACAACAGUCAGUCCUACAAAGCUGUCCUUUAGACCAAAGUAUUUUCAAAGUGACCAACCUUUUAUUCCGGCUUAGUGCAUCUAGGACUACAUUGUUUAAUGUCUUUGUUGUCAAUGGUCAGCCAUGA